CACCUCCACCCCUGCCUUCUUCACCCUGGUCGGCAUCCCGGGCUUGGAGGAUGCUCACAUCUGGAUCUCCAUCCCCUUCUGCUUGAUGUACAUCGUGGCCCUGCUGGGAAACUCUCUGCUGAUAUUCAUCAUCGUCAAGGAGCGAAGCCUCCACGAGCCCAUGUACGUGUUUCUGUGCAUGCUGGCAGUUGCUGAUUUGCUGUUAUCUUCCAGCAGCGUGCCAAAAACUCUGAGCAUCUUCUGGUCCAUCUCCAAGGAGAUCUCUUUCGAGGGCUGCCUCACCCAGUUGUUCGUUAUACAUUUUGUUUUCGUGGUCGAGUCAGGCAUCCUGGCAGCCAUGGCGUUCGAUCGCUACGUCGCCAUCUGCAACCCCCUGAGAUACAUGGCAAUACUGACUCGCUCGGUCAUCGGGAUAAUAGGGGCAGCUGCCCUUGUUCGAAGCUUCUGUUUGAUAUUCCCAGCCAUUCCCAUCUUGAAGCAGCUUCCGUAUUGUGGCCACAACGUCAUGCCUCAUACCUACUGCGAGCACAUGGGAGUGGCCCGGCUCGCCUGUGCUGAUAUAACAUUCAAUAUUAGGUGUGGCAUCACAAUUGUCUUCCUCUCAGCAGGAUUAGACACCAUCUUCAUUGGGGUCUCCUAUGUGCUGAUCCUCCGGACUAUCGCACAUCUCCCCUCCAAGGAAGCCCAUAUGAAGGCGCUAAACACCUGCGGCUCUCAUAUUUUUGUGAUAUUCAUGUUUUACACCCCUGCCUACUUCUCCUUUCUGACCCACCGGUUCGGUCACCAUGUCCCAAAGCACCUUCUCAUCUUACUGGCCAACCUUUAUGUCAUCAUUCCCCCCACAUUAAACCCCAUUGUCUAUGGGGUGAAAACAAAGCAGAUUCGGGAAUGUGUGAUCCAGAUGUUCGUAAAGGUGCGGGCACAAUAGUGAGGAUGGGAAUUGGCAGAGACGCUCCCUGCUGCAUUGGGCUUCAGACCAGAGAUCCAGUUCAAGUUCAUUUUCAAUGCAGGGAGUGUGAGAGAGAGAGGCCCCAUGGUGUAAGUGGGAAGAAAACCUCCUCAGGUCCCACUUGUCCCCACUAAACCAUUGUAGGGAUGGGAAAGUCUCCCAGUACAAAACCCCCACCAAUCAAACAAGUAAACCCACUGGUAGGACUAGCUUCACAUUUACCUGAUUUAAU